UCCGCGUCUCUCCCGCCCUUGGCUCUCCAUUCCUUGCCUAGUACCCGGCAGUUCGGCUGCCAUUUAUUUGAUGAGUCCAUGUACACGGGAAACGGUCCGCGGAGCUCCCAUCUCCCCUCUAUCUCCAGAGUGACUUGCAGCGGAGAACUGGAGAAGGUUCAAGAGAAAGGAGUCUCGGGCACGUCCACGGUGAAGAGGACAUACAGUCCUAAACACAAGGAUUUUCUGGAAUCUAAGGGAUGCUCUGCCAACACAACAUCCUCUGCCCAAAGGGUUAGCCCCUCUUCUUCUGUUGAAACAGAUCUAAGUGUCAGUGAGCCUCCAGGUUCCCGCAGAGUGUCUGCUCACCUAGACCUUGCUGCAGAUUUGGAUCUGAAAUCCUCCUCCUCACAUUCUGAUCGCUCCUCUGAAACCUCAUUGCCUGAAGUCCAAAAGGAUAAAUAUCCUGAGGAGUUCAGCCUGCUUAAGUUGCAGACAAAAGAUGGGCAGCGUCCUGAGUGGACAUUUUACCCAAGGUUUAGCAGCAAUAUCCACACCUACCAUGUUGGAAAGCAGUGCUUCUUUAACGGGGUCUUCCUCGGCAACAAGAGGUCCUUGUCAGAGAAGACGGUGGACAAAUGCCUUGGGAGGAAGAAAUACGGUAUUGAUCCCAGGAAUGGAAUCCCAAAGUUAACUCCAGGAGAUAAUCCAUAUAUGUACGCAGAACAGAGUAAGGGCUUCUACAAAGCAGGAUCAACUCUCCCACCUGUGAAUUUUUCAAUGGUACCUUAUGAAAAGAAAUUUGAUACAUUUAUUCCACUUGAGCCUCUUCCACAAAUUCCCACCUUGCCUUUCUGGGUGAAGGAGAAGGCCCACAAACUGAAGAAUGAGAUAAGAGAAGUUGAGGAGCUUAACAAUUGGCGACCAGCGGUCCCCUUGAUACACAGUUUAUUUCCUGCUGGUGGGUUAAAGAACCUUCAAAAAAUUGCAUAAAAACUGGAGGCGAGCCCAGAAAAGCAGGCUUUUGAGAGGCUUCAUCAUGGAGAGGAGAGAAGGCAGAGCCUCCCCCAGAGUGGAUAGUGUCUUUUGCCCAAGGUGGUUCCUUGGGCAGAUGUCAUGGCUGCACGUCAUGGGUCAAGUAUGCUGGUUGAGAACUCUUGGUCUUGUAAUGGAACUCAACUUUUAAUUCCGUGCCUCUAUCCACAGGUUCUUUGGACUUUUCAAGACAAUCUUGAGCAGAAGCAGGCCCAGAGAGCAUGCACUGACCACACUCUGGAGAGCUUCUUCCAGUUGAUUGCUUCUGUCAGUGCGACUAAAUCAAAUGUUUGACUUUGAUGUAGA